GGCUGUCCAGGGGUUAUCCAGGCGCCGCCAUACCGCGCCCGGCGUUGCCCGGCCGGGGAGGGCGCUCGCGGCCCCGGGGCGGUGUGGGGGCAGCGCUGCGAGUCCCAGCGAGCCGCGGGCGGAGCGGGGCUGCGGGGCCGCCUUCCCCCGCCAGGUCUAACACAAGCUUCCAGAUCAGUCUUUUAAUGAGCUCGGGGGGUGUUCUAGCACCAUCUCCUUUACUGCUGCUGGAAUUAGCGAGGCGACGUCUUGGUGGACCAGGAAGCAUGCAGCUGCAGCACUGGGGACCCUGAAGACUACCGGGCUUGCAGGGAGGAAUGCUACGGUGGGCAGUGCACUUGGAAGGUGGGCCACGGAGGGUGAACCACGCAGCCGUGGCUGUCGGGCACAAGGUCUAUUCCUUUGGUGGAUAUUGUUCCGGAGAAGACUAUGAGACUUUGCGGCAGAUCGAUGUCCAUGUUUUUAAUGCAGUGUCUCUGCGCUGGAUCAAGCUGCCUCCAGUGUGGACAAACAGCGGAGACCACGUGAGAGAGGUGCCCUACAUGAGAUACGGGCACUCCGCAGUGCUCAUAGAUGACAUCGUCUACAUAUGGGGUGGCCGCAAUGACACUGAGGGAGCCUGCAAUGUGCUCUAUGCCUUCGAUGUCAACACGCACAAGUGGUUCACGCCAAAGGUGUCUGGAAUGGUCCCAGGAGCCAGAGAUGGUCACUCGGCUUGUGUCUUGGCAAAAAGCAUGUUCAUCUUCGGAGGCUACGAACAGCUGGCUGACUGCUUUUCCAACGAUAUCCAUAAACUGGACACCACAAACAUGAUGUGGACUUUGAUCUCUGCCAAGGGUACACCGGCUCGCUGGAGAGACUUCCAUUCAGCUACCAUUAUUGGAACAAAGAUGUACGUGUUUGGUGGCAGAGCUGAUCGUUUUGGGCCAUUUCAUUCCAACAAUGAGAUCUACUGUAACCGCAUUAAAGUAUUUGAUACAGAAACAAACUCCUGGUUGGACUCCCCUCCAACUCCGGUGCUCCCUGAAGGCCGGCGGAGCCAUUCAGCGUUCAGCUACAACGGGGAACUCUAUGUGUUUGGUGGCUACAACGCACGCCUGAACAGACACUUCCAUGAUCUCUGGAAAUUCAAUCCAGUUUCUCUUUCUUGGAGGAAGAUUGAGCCCAAGGGGAAAGGCCCGUGUCCCCGACGCCGGCAGUGCUGCUGCAGAGUGGGGGACAAAAUUAUUCUCUUUGGAGGCACGAGCCCAUCUCCGGAAGAGGGAAUGGGUGAUGAAUUCGACCUGAUGGAUCACUCGGAUCUCUACAUCCUCGACUUCAGCCCCAGCCUAAAGACGCUGUGCAAGCUGGCAGUGAUUCAGUACAGCCUGGACCAGUCCUGCCUUCCCCAUGACAUCAGAUGGGAGCUCUCGGCCAUGACAACGAACAGCACCAUCAGCCGUCCCAUCGCCUCUUCCCAGGGCUGACGCCGCCUCAUCCCUCCACCUCCCCACCCUCGCCCCUCCACACACUGACCUCUUGCUCCACCACCUGCAUGAGUUUUUAGCCCUUUCAAGCAAGGAACAAGUGAGCUCACUUUGUUUUGCCCCAGAAAGGCCUCCCUCUGCCCGUGAGCAGCACAAGUGUGCAGGCAGAGCUGGGGCUGCUGGUGAAGAAAUUGGCUCACCCCAGCAGCACAACUGUGAACCCUCCUCCUUGCCGAUGGCUCUGGUGUCUCCUGCCUUCCUUCCCCUUGCCCGUGGAGUUGCAGCCCUGCUGACCUGGUCCCCAGCCACUUUCCAUGGGCCUGAAUUGACUCCUACUACCAGCCACAGCCCCAGGAUUGGCCUCGGGCUACGAACUGUUCCUGAGCUGCCUGGAAUGAGCAGGGACCUCCAUGCCUGCGACUGCCAGCACUGACAAGCUUCCUGGCACCGGACAGCAGGCUCCAGUCCUAGACGAGCCUGACGCAGGGGCCUGGGCCCAGCUAGAUCCUCUGCCCAGCUCCUGUCGUAAAACAGCAACU